UUCAUUUUGUUCAUUCAUUCCUAUCGUUGUAUAUUCACAUGCUGUUCGUAGGGCUGUUAAUGCAAUAUUGCAGUCAGUGAAUUAGAGAAAUGAAGUGAUUUACCGCUGUUUGAAGUCUCAAGCGUGCAUUUUGGCUUCGAGAAGAUGAUGGGUGCGUAACAAAUAGUGGAAUUUUUUUAAUGUUCAUGUUCAGUUGCAGAUCCCUUGUUUGGACCCAGCGAGGUGACACCCACUGCAGGGUGUAAUUGAUCCUUGUACACAAGUUGCUUUACAAACUGGAAAUGGUUCUAGUGCUGUUGAACAUGCUGCUACAGCAAGUGCAGCAGAUGCUUAUUCUAGCCAUGUGAAAGAUCUUUUUCACCCAUGUGAGGUGUCACAUCAAGUUUUUAUGGACGUUUCUCAUGAUCCUUGUACUUCUGGACAGGUGCAAGAAGCCAUUCUGGGAGAUUUAUCUGCGCCUUCGGUGUGAGGUAAGUGCAAGAUAUUCCUGUGCUUUCUAAUUUCGUAAUUCUAGAUGGUGAAUUAAAAGAAACAUCUUUCUUUUUGAUACAGAUUUGUUUUCAGAACAUUUAUUUGAUGACCUUUGAUGAUUCAUUUGAUGAUUUUUCUUAACAUCAUUUUUGCUUUUCAGAUCCUCUUCCAGAGAUGGCUUCUGAAGCAUGCAUAUUAGACCCUACGAGUUUGACCGUAAGUGACUUUAAAUUAAUGUUCACUUUGAGGAGUCGGAACUCAGAGAGAUAAUUUUCAAGAAUUAUUGUUAUGUGCAGUGAAUAACUUGCUUCAUUGUGCA